AUGGAUAAGCCACCAUCUUCUUCAUCAUCAGCAGCAGAUGAUCAGCAAAGUAGUCUUGUCGAUUUUUCUGUUUGGAAUUCUGGUGAUUUUCUCUAUCAACAUGACUUUGAUCAACAAGUGGAUAAACCCUAUGAAGAUUAUUUAACAAAAUUGAGACACUAUCAAGAGUUGAGUCAUUCGUUGAUUGUGGCCAGUAAUAAUACUUUGGCACUCUCCGAUGAUUUACAAGAACAAUAUCAAUUAGUCUCACAAAAAACCAGUCGAUUACAUCACGAUUGUGAAACACUUGUCAAGGAAACGGAACAAUUGGAAAAGUUUAGCAAGGAAUUGGAAAAUAGAUUGUUACACUUUGAUGAUAUGGAUUUCUUGAAUCAACAAUUAACAUCCAGUGGAUUUUUAGAUGUUAAUGGUGAAACAUUUAUCAAAACUAUUGGAAAAUUGGAUGAUUCUAUUAAUUUCCUUUCAGCUAAUUUGGAAUACAAGGAAGCCAAGACCUUCCUCACCAAGCACAAAUAUCUUCUCUCCAAAUCGCUGGCUCACUUGAGAGACACGAUCGGAUCAAAGAUAAAGGCAACCACAGACGCACAAUUUGUAAAAUUAAAAUCUCUCAACUCUAUUGAUGAUUCCAUUCAGGAGAUGACCCACUUGUACAUUGACUUUAAGGUUGCUGUUGAUCCACUGAAAGCUCUUAUUAGAGAGUUAGAGAAACGAGGAGGAAGAAGAGAGUCUUCAGUUUUUAUCACGGAUCUGUUUGAUAUUUUCAUUCAACAGAGAGGAGUAUUGUUGGGUCUUUCAAUAGAAAGAAGAAUUACUCUCCUACUCAAUCAAGCCAAGCAAAGUGAGAAUGAAAAGACUUUCAAGACUAAAUUUAUCAGAUCAUCAUGUGAAUACAUGAUUCAAAUAUGCUCCCAAGAAACCCAACUCUUCCAACAAUUAUUUUCACUUUCUAAAGAUAAUCGUCAGAUUGGAAACAAAUUUUCUCACUUUAUGAAGGGUGUUACCAAUAUUCUUUAUGAAAGAGUAAGAGAGUUGAUCAUUGAAGAGAAUAGAAUAGAUACUUUGUGUUCUUUAAUUGAUAUUUUGAGAAGUGACAUUCUUGUCGAGCGUGUGCAAAACAAGGGAAAACCUAGUCAAGCCAUUGAACAUAUGGUACACGCUAUGAUUCAAGACAUUCAAGAGAGAUUAAUCUAUAGAACUUCAUUAUUUAUUACGAAUGAAAUUGCGAGAUAUGUUCCACAUCCAGAAGAUAUUGAUUAUCCAAACAAGCUCAAAGCACAGAAUGAUCCUUCCUCCUCAGAAACUGCAAGGAAACAACUAGACAUUCACUAUCCAACUCUUGGGUGGACUGUUGCAUUGUUGAGUAAACUUUUUAGUGCAUUGGAUGUGGUAGUUUUUGAGGGAAUGGCACAGGAGGCUGUCACUAUUUGCUCCAUGUCAUUCAUUGAUGCCAGUAAGAAGAUUUCUGACAAGACAGAUGCAUUGAAUGGGUCCCUAUUUUUAAUUAGCCACUUUUUAACUCUUUUACAAGAAUUGAGCUACUUUAAUGUUAGUUUUACCAAAACACAGACUACACUCGAUUUUUCCCAUUUGUAUGAGGGCAUUUCAAGAUUUUUGAAGGGACAAGCAAGUUUCAGUGUCACCAGUCUUAUUUUUGAUUUACUCAGUCAAACAAGACCAAGGUUGGUUGUUAAUAGCACUGAUUCGAAGAGAGAUCUUGAAAAGCAACUCAAGCUCGCUUGUGAGAAUUUCAUCCUCAACACUGUAAAGCAUGUUGCUGAUUCUUGUAUGAACUUUAUCAAGAAGAAUAACAUCAAUAAGGACUCACAAGAAACUAGUGAAAUAAUGAAAGAAAUUUCCAAUAUCAAGAGCGAAAUGAAUGAGGAAAUGACCACCAAACUAACCUAUAUUAAGGAACUAAUGAAGCUCUAUCUGAAUGAAGACAAGACAACCACCAAGUUAUUAGAACCAAUCAUCGAACAAUUAGUCUCUCUAUAUCAGCAAUUGUUGGAUUUUAUAGCCGAGAGUACAAAACUUUCAGCAGAACAAAAAGCAGAAAUUACACGAGACAUGCUUGAUGUUGAAUCAUUUAGAAAGAAAUUGACUGAAAGUUUGAAAGUUUAA